CACUCGGCCACUACAGAAUUUGACUUUUUCUCUCCCACUCCGAGCGAGCUGAACGCACGCACCCCCGGCAUGGCCGCCCGACUCGGCCUCGGCCUCCUCCUGCUCCUCGCCGUCGCGGCGGCGGCCGACGGGCUGCGGUUCCGGCGAAAGAGCGGGACGUUCAAGGUGCUGCAGGUGGCGGACAUGCACUACGCGGACGGGCGCAGCACCCCGUGCGAGGACGUCCUCCCGGCGCAGCAGCGCGGCUGCUCCGACCUCAACACCACCGCCUUCCUUUACCGCCUACUACGCGCCGAGAAACCCGACCUCGUCGUCUUCACUGGUGACAACAUCUAUGGCCCGGACUCAACCGACGCGGCCAAAUCGAUGGAUGCGGCGAUUGCUCCUGCCAUUGCCAUGAGACUGCCCUGGGCUGCUGUGAUGGGUAACCAUGACCAGGAGAGCACCCUGUCACGUGAGGGCGUGAUGCGACACCUUGUAGGCAUGAAUAACACCCUUUCACGCUUCAAUCCAGAAGGGCUAGAGAUCGACGGCUACGGAAAUUAUAACCUGGAAGUUGGCGGGGUUGAAGGAACGCCGAUGGCUAACAAAUCAGUGCUCAACUUGUAUUUCCUUGACAGUGGCGAUUAUUCUACUGUGCCGUCGAUCCCUGGUUACGGUUGGAUCAAGACUUCACAACAAGCUUGGUUCAAGCAAACCUCUGCGAGUCUCCAGGCAAAUUAUACGAACGAACAACCCAAACAGAAGGAGGCAGCACCUGCUCUUGCAUACUUCCACAUUCCAUUGCCAGAGUUCGGAAGCUUCACAGCAUCCAAUAGGACAGGAGUAAAACGGGAUCCUAUCAGCUCAGCGUCAAUCAACUCCGGCUUCUUUACCAGCAUGGUGGAAGCUGGAGAUGUGAAGGCGGCCUUUGUAGGACACGACCACUUAAACGACUUCUGCGGGAACCUCACCGGCAUUCAGCUGUGCUACGCUGGUGGGUUCGGUUACCAUGCGUACGGGAUGGCCGGAUGGUCAAGGAGAGCAAGGGUGGUGUCUGUGCAACUUGACAAGACACAAGACGGCAAGUGGCAAGGGGUGCAGUCUAUCAAGACAUGGAAGAGGCUUGAUGAUCGGCGUCUCACCACAAUCGACACCGAGGUCCUAUGGAAAAGAGGCUCUAAUUAAUGGGAGUCACAAGAAGUAUCGUGAUGGAAGCUGAGUUCAGGAUGGGAAUCUACACAUAACACAUCAUGUACACUGUUGGUACUCAGCUAACAUACGAAGGUUGUAACUAUGUAAACGAACACACAUAUAGUACGCCACUUGUAUACAGGCCCGGUCCUGAGGUUUUGAGGGCCCGGGGCGAGACAAAAAAACCAGGGCCCUUUAUACAUACUUAAUGUUAUAACACUUGUAUCCGAAAAUAUUAAUACAAAAUACUAUGAUAUAUAUUAUAUUAAAAAAUCGAACAUAACUAGAAGAAAACUCAUUGAUGAUGGUAUAUAAAUAUUACUCUUGUCGAUUA